AAAGACCAGCGUAAACUAGAAAAUUUGAGGCAAAUAGAAGAGAUUAAUAACCUCACAGACGAACUUAAUAAGGCAAAUAAUCGGUCAUCAUCUCUAAAUGAACAAUUAAUCAAGACACAGCAGCAAUCGGAGGCAUUUGCAGACCACAAUCAAAAACUGGAGUCUCAAAUAUGUGAACUACAAGAGAAUAUUGAAACUUACAAGAAUGAAGUCACUUCUUUAGAAGAUAGACUCACCAAACAUAAUGUAGCAAUAGUAUCUCUGGAAGAUCAUUUGAGUGCCAAAAACUUGGAACUGAGCCAGCUGCGAGAAGAGCUCACUGCUAGUAAGAAUAAAGUGGCUUCUUUGGAGGAAACUUUAAACAAUAAAGAACAAGAAUUAUGGCAUCACGAGGAAGCACUCAGAACAGCGAUAGAACAUGUUUUUACAAAUGAGGAUCGCGCAAUUUAUAAUGCAACUUGUCAAAAGUGCUUACCUCCUCCACAGGUAGUAGUUUGUUCUGCUCCUGUGUUUCAGUCCAACAAUGGCUAUAGCUUGGAAGGGAGUGACGUUUGUGAGCUCUCUGAAAGAGAUGAUGAAGGAGAGCUCUUCGUUUCUCCUGAUCAUUAUAAUUCACAAUACAGCCAUCAUGCUUUAGUGACAAACAACCAGUCAAUUGAUGAAUGGAAUUUUUAUUAUUAUAUUGCAAUGGAAGCAACCAGCUAUUGUUCUCAAGUAUCCACUGAUGUACCUCCUAUGGAGUUUAUACCAUAUAGCUUGGAAAUUUCAAAGUAUCGUGAUCGGCUGGUUGUGUCUCCUUUAUUUCUUCCAUUCCCUUUUCCUGCACCUGUCAAUGAACUUCACUUAAUCCCGACAUAGAUUGGCAACUUUCAACUUGUGGUCAGAGCUUUAAUGUAGUUGGUUGCAACAUGUUUUGUAUAAAGUAGAAAGACUCUCAACUUUCAUUAAAGCAAGUUACCUGACAGCAUCAAAAGUUCUGGCGACAAAGUUACCUAGUGUAUGUUGGACUAG